AUGUCCGUCGAGGUCAUCACCACUAUCUCGCCAACGACCAAUGAGCCCGUCGUCACACGCAAUGGUAUCUCACAGGCCGACCUCGCGCUGCUCCCGGAGACGGCGACCAAGGCUUUCCAGACUUGGCGCACGACCAAGCUGAGCGACCGCCAGAUCAUUGUGCGCAAGGCGCUGGACGCGCUCGCCAGCCGCACCGACGAGCUGGCCCGCGAACUCACAGAGCAGAUGGGCCGGCCGAUUGCGUAUACGGGAAAAGAGAUCUCGACGGCCAUCAAGCGCGCCGAGUUUCUGUUGAAGGCGAGCGACGAAGCCCUCAAGGACUCGCCGGGUGAGGCAGAAAAGGGCUUUGAGCGAUUCAUUCGCAAAGUACCCGUGGGGCCUGUUUUGAUCAUCUUUGCUUGGAAUGUGAGUUUGGCUUCUUUUGGCCUCUCCCCCGAAACUCCCAUGCUGUUCUUGACCCUUUUUUCUGCUGUUCUCGUGCCCACGCCAUGCGCAAAGCGGAUUGAGCCUGUUUCAAUGGCCGACACCUACUACCCAUACCUCAUUCUCGUGAACACGCUUAUCCCGGCGCUGCUGGCGGGUGACACAGUUAUCCUCAAGCCGUCGCCCCAGACGCCCACGGUCGUCGAGCAAGUCGCCAAGGCCUUUGAAGAGGCGGGCUUGCCGGCCGGCGUCCUGCAGUACUUCCACAGUGGCUCGCCUUCUGUGAUCGAAUCCAUUGUGCGCAACCCGCUCGUGGCGCACGUGUGCUUCACGGGCUCGGUGGUGGGCGGCCUGGCCGUGCAGCGUGCGGCUGCGGACCGUAUUGUCAACGUCGGCCUCGAGCUGGGGGGCAAGGACCCGGCGUACGUGCGCGCGGACGUCGACGUGGCGUGGGCGGCCGAGCAGAUUGUCGACGGCUCCGUGUUCAACUCGGGCCAGAGCUGCUGCGCGCUCGAGCGCGUGUAUGUGCACGAGAGCAUCCACGACGCCUUUGUCGAGGCCGUGCAGGGCGUGCUGCGGGGCUACGUUCUGGGCGACCCGCUGGACCCCAAGACGCACGUCGGCGCGGUGGUGUCGAAGCGGUCCAAGGCAGCCAUUGAGGAGCAGAUCAAGGAUGCGCUCAGCAAGGGCGCCAAGGAUGUGACGCCGACAGACAACGAGUCCUUCCAGCGUGCGCCGGCGGCGGGCAACUUUGUGCCGCCGACGCUGCUCACGGGCGUGACGCACGACAUGCUCGUGAUGAAGGAGGAGACGUUUGGCCCGCUGAUCCCCGUGAUGUCGGUCAAGGACGACGCCGAGGCGCUGCGACUGAUGAACGACAGCGAGUUUGGCCUGACAGCGAGCGUGUGGACCAAGGACCGUGCAGCGGCAGCGGCGCUGGUCGACGAGAUCGAGGCGGGCACGGUGUUUGUGAACCGGUGCGACUACCCAAGCCCGGACCUGGCGUGGACAGGGUGGAAGAACUCGGGCCGCGGCUACACACUGAGCCGGUUUGGGUUCGACCAGUUUGUGAAGCUGAAGAGCUACCACUUGGCGGAUGGCCCGGCAUAG